AUUGGCCAGCUAGAAAACAACUAAGCAAAGAUUAUGAAACUAUAUGAACCCCAUUAAACAAACCAACCACAAUAUAUAUACCUAAUCUAACUUCAUCUUUGUACUAAACAAACAUGCCUCAUUUUCAUCUUGUACUAAUUCUUUCCUUAACAACAUUGGUUUCUGUUUCUUCACACAGCAGGCCUUACACAAUUCCAUCUGUCACACAUUUAACUGAUUCUUUUCCUCAUGUAACAAUUCAAACUGCUUUUUCCAAUGCUUUUGGUGCCAAAAAUGUUAAGUUUCUUGGUAAUGGGUCCAUGGCCACUCUGGCCCUUGACAAAAUCACUGGCUCUGGCAUGGUUUCGCAAAAUAGAUACAACUAUGGAUUCUUUAGUGCUGCAAUCAAAUUACCAGCUGGUUUGUCACCUGGAGUUGUGGUUGCUUUUUAUUUGUCAAAUGCAGAUAAAUUUCCUCACAACCAUGAUGAGAUAGAUAUUGAAAUUCUUGGUCAUGAUAAGAGAAAUGAUUGGGUUAUUCAAACAAAUGUGUAUGCCAAUGGAAGUGUUAGCACUGGAAGAGAAGAGAAAUUUUAUUUCUGGUUUGAUCCAACUCAGCAGUACCAUUAUUAUAGCAUCUUGUGGAACAGUUAUCACACUGUGUUUUUUGUUGACAAUAUUCCAGUGAGGGAAUUCAUACACAAAACCACAUCCCCAUUUAUCUAUCCAUCAAAACCAAUGUCAUUAUAUGCAACAAUAUGGGAUGGUUCAGAAUGGGCUACACAUGGAGGAAAGUACCCUGUAAACUACAAAUAUGCACCAUUUGUUGUUUCAUUUGCUGAAAUGGAAUUAAGUGGCUGCAUAACUGAUCCAAAUUCACCAACUUCUUCAUGUUCUAAGUCAAAUCCUUCAGGACAACAAGACCCUAUUAAUGGAGCAGAUUUUUCUAAGCUUUCACAGCAACAGAUAGCAGCUAUGGAUUGGGCUAGAAGGAAACUCAUGUUUUAUUCUUAUUGUACUGAUGUAAAUAGAUACAAAGUCUUGCCACCAGAAUGCCACUGAAUAUAGAGAGAGAAAAAUUAAGAACAAGGAAUUCCUCAAAAGUAUUUUUAUUCUUCAUGAAAAAUAUUUUUGAGGAAUUUUUUUUUCUUAUAUGUUUUACAAUAUUUUUUAUUUAAAUUACAUUUUAGAUAUGUAUACAAGUUCAAUUCUUUGACUUGGAAUGUGGACUAAUAAAUAUAAUGUACUUUUAUGUAUCUAUAGAUGUUGAUAUACUUUAAUAGGCAACGGCUAAUUAUUACUCUAGUGAAGAUAUUAGGAAAUUUAUAGAUGGGAUCUUUAAAUUUGACACUUUUAUGUAUUGGUGUUUUAAUAUUA